CCUUUCACCGCCGAGAAGCAAAAGCUCGGUCCCGAUGUCCUUCCCCUCCCAAUCUUUGUCCAAAAAGCAUCCCAUCAUUCCAUCUGGAAAACGCCCCGAGUCGCACUCGUAGGACAUGACACAAUGCCGAGCAUCUCAUUGGUCCAGAGAGAUGCUGUACGACUACGGGCGGACGUCCGGUCCGGGUCCUCGUCCAGCCGACUCGUCCAACGGCAACGGCCUUUGACGCCAAAACUCCGAAGUGGCGCACCCGUCCACGGACUGUUGUGACACUGAAUAUUGGACGCAACAAGCCACUCGGAGAUGCUUUUCGUAAGCAGACUUGGAGCCAUACUGAGCGAACCACGAGACUGAUUACGUUCCACAGAGGAAUGACGAUCAACAAGUACCUGCGGAUGUUUCUUAGACUCUCAGCCCAAGGUAAAGUAGAAUCUAAAUAUCGAGCUACCCCACAGCAAAUCUCGCUUUCCCUUUCCCCAGACCAUCCACCCGCAGAUCCUCCACACAUCACCACAUCAUCUCCACUCCACCGUACAGAUACAUAGCAAACCAAGACGACAUGGCGAUAAAAGCCUCCACCGGAGUCUGCAGACCCUCCGAACUGGCCCACCUCGUCCUCCGCACCGCCAACCCCGAAAAGCUAGUCUCCUUCUACCAAACCUUCCUCGACGCAAAAAUCACCGCCUCAAGCCCCCUCAUCACCUUCCUCACAUGGGACCACGAACACCACCGCCUCGCCAUCCUCAACGACCCCACCGCCGUCCCGCGACAAGACAACACCGUCGGUAUGGAUCACUUCGCCCUGACAUUCGACUCUCUCGGCGACCUGCUGCAGUCCUACAAAGCUCGUAGGGACCUGGGCAUUGAGCCUAUAUGGUGCGUCAACCACGGCAUGUCGACGAGUAUGUACUACCGCGACCCGGACGGCGGCAAGAUUGAGACGCAAGUGGAUGUGUUUGAGACCAAGGAGGAUGCUGUUGCAUAUAUGACGAGUGCAGAGUUUGGGGAGGAUCCGAGGGGGCCCAGGUUUGAUCCUGAGGAGAUGGUUAAGAGGUUUGAGGCUGGCGAGGAUGAGAAGAGUUUGAUGAAGAGGACGGCUUUUGCGAAGGAGGAGACGAAGGGCUGA